AGAGGCCAACAUGUCAUUCUGACUGUUAAAUCUCCGCCCUUCCUUCCUUAUCACACCCCACCUCUCUCUAUAUCUCUUUCUCUUAUUAUUUUAUUUUUUUAUUUUCUUUCUCACAAAUUCUUCUCCAAUUCGAUAUCUUCUUCAUUGUUAGUCCUUCUCGCUUCAUUAUCCAAUCUCUGAAACCCACAUCAGAGACACUCACCUGCUUCUGCAUAAUUCCCCUUAUAUAUGGUUUUUAACGCAGUUGGCUUCCCUCACUAGUCUCCAGUUUUCUUUCUCCAUUUAGUUUCUACAGAAAAAUAAAGGAAAAAAAAAAAUUCUAGUGCAUGAAAGACGCUUUGUUCUUUCUUCUUCAAAUUUCAAUACAACAAAGUGUUCUGUUCUGCUACUUGGGUAAUUAUUUCUGAGGCUGAAAUAGUGAUAUCCAAGUGGACUUUCUUUCUACGACACAAAACGCUUCCUUCGUCUUCUCAACUUUUAAUUUGUGAGUUGCGGCUAAUUUCUUCAAGUUUCAUUUCGUUCAAUCCACCAAAGGUCGAAAAUGGCACCCAGGAACAGUCGCGGAAAAGCCAGAGGAGAGAAGAAGAAGAAAGAAGAAAAGAUUCUUCCUGUUGUUAUGGACAUCACUGUGAACCUUCCCGAUGAAACCCAUGUUAUUUUAAAGGGAAUAUCAACGGACAGGAUAAUCGAUGUUCGCCGAUUGUUAUCCGUGAACACAGAAACUUGCAGCAUUACUAAUUUUUCACUAUCCCAUGAGGUGAGAGGGCCACGCUUAAAAGAUACGGUGGACGUGUCCGCACUAAAACCAUGCAUCCUGACGUUGGUUGAAGAGGAAUACGAUGACGAUCGCGCCACGGCGCACGUUAGACGUGUACUGGACCUCGUCGCCUGCACGACGAGCUUCGGCCCAUCGUCGUCGAGCAAGGAUCAAAACUCUAAGCCCGAUCCUCCUAAUUCAGCCGCCGGCGCUAAGAAUGCGCUGGGUGUGCAGGAUAAGAACGCUAAGAAAUCUUCUACCACCAAGUCUCAAGGCCUUUCCGGAGCCAAUACGGAGGUGGAUACUGUGGCCGAAAUGAGCCACUCGUUACCUAAGCUCGGUUCCUUCUAUGAGUUCUUUUCACUCUCACAUCUCACUCCCCCAAUUCAGUUUAUAAAGAAGGUGGCGAAACGGGCAGUCAAUGAGAUUUCGGCGGAUGAUCAUCUUUUUUCUCUCGAAGUGAAACUUUGCAAUGGGAAGGUAGUUCAUGUGGAAGCUUGCAGGAAGGGAUUCUAUAGCGUUGGGAAGCAGCGAAUUCUGUGUCACAACCUCGUUGAUUUGUUACGCCAGCUUAGUAGAGCUUUUGAUAAUGCUUUUGAGGAUCUCAUGAAAGCAUUCUCAGAGCGUAACAAGUUUGGCAAUCUUCCUUAUGGCUUCAGGUCCAACACCUGGCUUGUCCCACAUAUUGCAGCCCAAUCGCCGUCAAUCUUCCCUUCUCUCCCAGUAGAGGAUGGUACUUGGGGAGGAAAUGGAGGUGGUCUAGGAAGAGAUGGAAAAUGCGACCUAAUACCCUGGUCUAGUGAGUUUUUUCACAUUGCAUCCAUGCCUUGUAAGACUGCUGAGGAAAGGCAAAUUCGUGAUCGAAAGGCAUUCCUUCUUCACAGCCUAUUUGUUGACGUCUCCAUUUUCAAAGCUAUCAGAGUCAUCCAGCAUGUAAUGGACAAACCAGAGUUAACCGGUUCAGUAUCGAGCAGUAAAAUUCUUCAUACCGAAAGAGUGGGUGACUUGAGCAUCACAGUCAUGAAAGAUGCAUCCAAUGCAAGUUCUAAGAUAGAUACUAAAAUUGAUGGAGUUCAAGCAAUUGGAGUGGAGCAGAAGAAUCUAGUAGAAAGAAAUCUUCUGAAAGGGAUCACUGCUGAUGAAAAUACCGCUGCCCAUGAUGUUGCAACUCUAGGUGUUGUCAAUGUAAGAUAUUGUGGUUACAUUGCAGUUGUGAAAGUUGAGGAUAAAGAAAAUAAGGAGGUCAAAUCUCUAUCCCAAAGAAUGGAACUUUUUGAUCAGCCUGAAGGUGGUGCAAAUGCCCUAAAUAUUAACAGUUUGAGAUUACUACUUCACAAAACUCCAACUUCAGAGCACAACAAGCCUUUACCGGAUGUACAAAUUGUGGAACGUGAAGAGCUUUCUGAAGCCUCUACUUUUGUUGAAAGAUUGUUAGAAGAAAGUCUUGCUAAACUUGAGAAAGAGGACCUCAAAGCAGACCAAUUUGUAAGAUGGGAACUUGGAGCCUGCUGGAUACAACACUUGCAAGACCAAAAAAAUACAGAAAAAGAUAAAAAACCAUCCAGUGAGAAGACUAAAAAUGAGAUGAAGGUUGAGGGACUUGGGACACCUCUUAGGUCCCUGAAGAACAAGAAAAAAUCUGAUGGAAGCAAUGCAAAAACACAAUCCGAGAACUCAAAGACCUCCAUUCAUGCUGUUACUGGGGAAGCUGAAAAUGCCAUAUCACCUUGCACAGAACAUCAGCAUGAAAUCAAUGCCAAGGAAAAUGAGCUUGUACUGAAGAGUUUGUUGUCCGAUGCAGCAUUUGCUCGACUAAAGGAAUCUGAAACUGGACUUCAUUGCAAGUCUCUUCAAGAACUAAUUGACUUAUCCCAGAAGUAUUACUUGGAUGUUGCUCUUCCAAAACUGGUAGCAGAUUUUGGUUCAUUAGAAUUGUCACCAGUUGAUGGUCGGACUUUGACCGAUUUCAUGCACACUAGAGGUCUUCAGAUGCGUUCACUGGGACAUGUUGUCAAGCUUUCAGAGAAGUUAUCCCAUGUGCAGUCACUUUGCAUUCAUGAGAUGAUAGUACGAGCUUUUAAGCACAUCCUUCAGGCAGUAAUUUCAGCUGUUGAAGAUGCUGAGAAAAUGGCUGUAUCAAUAGCUGCUGCAUUAAACCUAAUGCUUGGGAUUCCUGAGAGCGAUAAAUUAAAUAAGUCUUGCGAUGUCCAUUCUCUUGUGUGGAGAUGGCUGGAGGUAUUCUUGAGAAAGCGAUAUGAAUGGGAUCUUAAUAACUUCAACUACAGAGAUGUAAGGAAAUUUGCAAUUCUACGUGGACUAUGCCAUAAGGUUGGAAUUGAGUUGGUUCCAAGGGAUUUUGACCUGGAUUCUCCAAAUCCAUUCCGAAAAUCAGAUGUUGUCAGCCUGGUCCCGGUGCACAAGCAAGCUGCAUGCUCUUCUGCAGAUGGGAGGCAGCUACUGGAAUCAUCAAAAACAGCUUUAGAUAAGGGAAAACUUGAAGAUGCAGUUGCCUAUGGGACAAAGGCUCUUGCAAAGCUUGUAGCAGUUUGUGGUCCGUACCAUCGAAUGACAGCAGGAGCUUAUAGCCUCCUUGCAGUAGUUUUAUAUCACACUGGAGACUUCAAUCAGGCUACAAUUUACCAGCAAAAGGCACUAGAUAUCAAUGAAAGAGAAUUAGGACUUGAUCAUCCAGAUACAAUGAAGAGUUAUGGAGACCUUGCUGUGUUCUAUUAUAGACUUCAACAUACAGAGUUGGCUCUCAAGUAUGUAAAGCGUGCUCUGUAUCUUUUGCAUCUGACAUGUGGUCCAUCUCAUCCCAACACUGCUGCAACAUACAUCAACGUGGCCAUGAUGGAAGAAGGCCUAGGGAAUGUUCAUGUUGCCCUUAGAUAUCUUCAUAAGGCUCUCAAGUGUAAUCAGAGGUUGCUUGGCCCAGACCAUAUUCAGACAGCAGCAAGCUACCAUGCUAUUGCAAUUGCACUCUCAUUGAUGGAAGCAUACCCUUUGAGCGUUCAGCAUGAACAAACAACCUUGCAAAUUCUCCGAGCAAAGCUCGGCCCUGAUGACCUGCGUACACAGGAUGCUGCUGCUUGGCUUGAGUAUUUUGAAUCCAAGGCUUUUGAACAGCAAGAAGCUGCACGAAACGGUACUCGGAAGCCUGAUGCGUCUAUAGCCAGCAAAGGCCACUUAAGUGUAUCAGAUUUACUUGAUUAUAUUAAUCCAAGUCAUGAUGCUAAAGGGAGAGAUGUAGCAGUUAGAAGGAAAAGCAACAUUGCCAAGCUCAAGGGAAAAUCCUACCAAGCAGUAAGCUCGGCAAGUUCUGAUGAGUCUCAAAAAGAAACACCAAAGGAGGCUUCAGAUGAAGAGAUGCAAAUUCCUGAAUCAACAGACAGCACAGAUGCCAUCCAGGAGAUUAGCUCUCCAUCUGUUCAGCUCCAGGAGACUCUUGUACAAGGAACUACAGGUGAUAAACCAAGUAUUGCCAAUGAGAUACUUUCUGAAGCACUUGCCGAAGGAGAAGAUGGAUGGCAACCGGUUCAAAGGCCUAGAUCAGCUGGCUCUUAUGGGCGACGUCUAAAGCAACGGCGGGCAACUAUUGGCAAAGUCUAUGGUUACCAGAAGAAACAAGUUGAUGCUGAUAGUGACUAUCCUUCUGCGAAGAAUAAUCAUCAGAAUAGUAGGUAUUACCUUUUAAAGAAAAGGACAGCAUCUCAUGGAAGUUAUUCUGAUCACCACACUACAAAUCCCUCCCAAGGUACUAAAUUUGGACGGAGAAUAGUUAAAGCUGUAACCUACAGGGUCAAGUCAAUGCCUUCAUCUACCAAAACUGCUACAACAGAGACCUCUCAAAAUGGUAAUCAGGUUUCCAGUUCCACAAUAGAACCUGGACGACCUGCUUUGUUGAACGAGAUUGGUCCACUGAAAAAUCCUAUUGUUGGUCUUGGAAAAUCUCCUUCAUACAAGGAAGUAGCAUUGGCGCCACCAGGUAGUAUUGCUAAGAUGCCAGCUGGGGUAUCCCAAAAUGAUGUUCCGGACAACUUGGAGCAUGGUUUUGAUAAACAUGAAGAGGAAACAAAUGAAGGAAGAGGAAAUGAUGAACCAAAAAAAGAAGGAAGCAGAAAUGAUGAACCAGUCAUAACAGGGGUAGAGGAUAUAAUUGAAGAGGAGGAUAAGAAUUCUAUAUUGAAUCAUACGGAUCAAUCAAAAGAGGAAACCGGAGUUGAUGAGAAGAAAGAAGAGACCCAUUCAACUAAUGCAUCGGAUGAGAAGAAAGAAGAGACCCAUUCAACUAAUGCAUCAGAUGAAAAACCUUCUCUGAUGGUGUCUGAGAGCAUGGAUGGACUUGGAUCCGGUAGCAUAAGUGUUCCUGAUGUGGUAGAAGAUAACACAUUGAUAGAUGGGGUACAAAAUUCUUAUGAUUCUCCCAAGGAGGGACUCCAGGAGAAGGAUUCAUCUGGCAGUUUCGAACUGCAUGUCAAUUCCAACAAUGCCUCACAAGGAGCAGAGGACUUGAAGGACAAAUCCUUCAUUGUAAAUCCAAUUGAUAGUCGUGCACUUACCAAUAAGAAGUUGUCUGCAUCUGCAGCUCCUUUUAAUCCCUCACCAGGCAUUGCUCGUGCUGCACCAGUUUCCAUGAACAUUACUCUUCCUGCUGGUCCUGCUGUCCCAACUAUUGCACCUUGGCCUGUAAACAUGAAUAUUCAUGCAGGACCUGCUGCUGUACUAUCCACAGUUAAUCCAAUGUGCUCAUCCCCUCAUCAUCCAUACCCAUCUCCUCCAACAACGCCAAACAUGAUACAGCCAUUGCCCUUUAUGUACCCACCUUAUACUCAGCCCCAAGCAGUUCCAACCAGUACCUUUCCUGUAACAAGCAGUGCAUUUCAUCUCAAUAAUUUCACAUGGCAGUGCAAUGUGAAUCCUAAUGUACCAGAGUUUGUUCCUGGCACAGUGUGGCCUGGUUGCCAUCCAGUGGAAUUCACUGUUCCACCACCUGUUGUUAAUCCAAUUGCUGAACCUGGGCUAGAGCCAAGAGUUCAGUCUGAUGAUUCUGCACCAAUUCUUCCAGCAGACAUUGAAAAUGUGGAGGAAAUGAAUAAAGAAGUGAAACCUCCAGCAUCAGUGGCAAUUGGUAAUGCGAAUGAAGUUGGUGCUGGACCACAGAAUGUAAAGGAAAACGGUCUUUCAAAUCUGGAUGGGACUGAAAAUGCUGAGAAUGGACCAAAUAACAGUCCACAUGAAAAUGCUGGAAGCAGUGGAGAAAGGAAGACUGAUGGUGAAAAAACCUUCAGCAUUUUGAUAAGGGGUAGAAGAAACCGAAAACAGACUCUGAGGAUGCCUAUAAGUUUGCUCAGUCGACCAUAUGGUUCCCAGUCCUUCAAAGUUAUAUGCAACAGAGUAGUUAGGGGAAAUGAUGCUCCCAAUUCUACUAACUUCUCUUCAACUGAGGAUUUGACCGCCACUGCUACUUAAUUCCUCUUUAUUGCCAUGCGGUGAAUUAUGACUUAUCAAGAGAAGAAGUGAGAUACAAACCUUAUCUUCUAUCAUACAUAAACAGCACAAAAAGGAUUGGAUCUCCUUUGAUAUUCAUAUUCAGAAUCUUUUUAGUUUCCAGUUACACUUCAUUCGAAAGGCAUGCAGGUUUAAAAUUGAAGAUUCACAUGAGGAAUUGGGCUCGUACCGGCACUUUUUUUCACGUGACAAUUUUGGUUCAUCAUAUGGUAGGAAAAUUUUGAUAUUCUGGACCACAGCAUUUGAUAUUGAUAUUAGUUCAUUUAGUUCCCAAUAGCACAGUAAUUUUGGUUAAUAAUUUGCUUCAAUUGUAUAUGACCUCAAUUUUGGUCCUACUCUUUUUUAACUUUUUCCCAUUUUGACUGGGAAUCAAACAUUUUUUUUUUUUUUUUUUGAUCAAGUUGACAAAUACAUAUUAGCUUAAGCUCA